AGAAAAGAUGAACAGAGCACUUCUUGAAAGAGAUUUCCUCUAAGUCCUUUUUUGGCGUUUAAGACCUAUGAAUAAUGAGGCAAAACGCGAUCCUUCUAACGUUGAAACGCAAGUUAAGAUAUUGGUUGAGGAUUUGAAAAGCCAUUCAGCGGAUAGUCAAAGAAACGCAACCGCAGAACUCAGGUUGCUAGCGAGAUAUGACAUGGAUAAUCGGAUUGUGAUAGAAAACUGUGGUGCGAUCGGCUUGCUAGUGAAUCUUCUUUACUCUAACGAUCCGGAGACGCAAGAAAACGCGGUUACCGCGCUUCUCAACUUAUCGAUAAACAACAACAAGAACAAAAGUGCGAUCGUUGAUGCGGGUGCGAUCGAACCGCUGAUUCAUGUCCUAGAAAACGGAGGAUCUGAAGCGAAAGCGAAUUCAGCUGCAACCAUUUACAGCCUCUCACUGUUAGAAGAAAACAAGAUCAAGAUUGGUAGUUCAGGUGCGGUUGGACCGCUUGUUGAUCUGCUCGGUAACGGUACACCUAGAGGUAAGAAAGAUGCCAUUACCGCGUUGUUUAAUCUCUCGAUACAUCACGAGAACAAGGCGAGGAUCGUGCAAUAUGGAGCUGUGAGAUAUCUUAUAGAGCUAAUGGAUCCAUCGGUUGGAAUGGUCGAUAAAGCGGUUGCGGUUUUGACGAAUCUAGCUACGAUACCGGAGGGAAGAAACGCGAUUGGUGAAGAAGGUGGGAUUCCUCUUCUUGUUGAAGUUGUUGAAUUAGGAUCUGCUAAAGGGAAAGCAAACGCAGCAGCCACUCUUCUUAGACUUAGUACAAAUAGCGGUCGCUUCUGCAAUAUGGUUCUUCAAGAAGGUGUUGUUCCUCCUCUUGUUGCUUUAUCUCAAUCCGGUACUCCCCGAACCCGAGAAAAGGCACAAGCUUUGCUUAGCUACUUAAGGAAUCAACAGCAUGAAAAUGCAUGACGUCGUGGGGACUGAGAUUUCGCAGAUCUUUGCUUUGUGAUUGUAAAUUUGUACAAAUAAUUAAUUCCAUUAUAACUUAUAAAGAUUGUUGAGAAUA